AUGGGCGAGAAACAGAGCCGGGAACGCCACUGGGAGCUUCAAGCCUUCUGGGCAAUGAUCGGAGUUGGCGAGUACAUGCUAGCACUGCCAAGAGCACACACAUCAGGAACCCCGUGCUCCGAUACGUCCACAAGGCCCUCGCUCACACCAUCUAUGCGAGGCGCGAUGGAACAGCGUGGCGACGUAUCUUCUCAAGAGCUUCCUCAGCUACAGGGAGUAUGCUCUCUCUCUCAACAAAGUGCACAAGGCAAGCAGUGGUCAGCUGAGCUGUGGAGGACUCAUAACGCCGAUCCUCAUGAACUGGGAAUCACGCUUGAGAAGCCGGUCGAUCCUGCGAUAAACAUCCAGUACCUCCGCAAGAGCACCUACCUCGCGGUCAACCCAUCAGCGGACGCCACAACUAUCAGGAGAACAUCGACUUUGAUCCUCCUAUCGAACAUUCUCGAGCAAGGCCAAGAGGAGGAAGACUACGCUCACCCUGGAGCAGCUGGCGAAGGUGAGAGCUCAGGCGACGUGGAGAACCUCAUGGACUACAAAACCGGAGAGUUCCACUUCAAGAACCAC